CAAGAAGAAGAAGAAGAAGAAGAACUCCGUACAUGUUUUACGACAGGGUAUGUCUGCGGGGUUUUUCUAGAAGCACUGGACGGUAAUGGACAUUCUGCUGUAGCCGGUGUGCGAAUGGUAAAUCGGACUCGGAGCUAAAAGGUUGUAACGUUAGAGAGACGUUUGAAAUACACCAGAAUGAUGCGGUUCAUGCUACUUUUCAGUCGGCAGGGUAAGUUGCGACUACAGAAGUGGUACACAGCAACAGCGGAACGAGACAAGAAGAAGAUGGUCAGAGAGCUCAUGCAGAUAGUCCUUGCCCGCAAACCAAAGAUGUGUAGUUUUCUUGAAUGGAGGGACCUCAAGAUUGUCUAUAAAAGGUAUGCCAGCCUAUAUUUUUGUUGUGCUGUUGAAGAGCAGGACAAUGAGCUGAUUACACUGGAGGUCAUCCACCGCUUUGUAGAGCUCCUCGAUAAAUACUUUGGCAGUGUGUGUGAGCUGGACAUAAUCUUUAACUUUGAGAAGGCUUACUUCAUUUUAGAUGAGUUCCUGAUGGGAGGAGAGAUUCAGGACACAUCCAAGAAGAGUGUCCUUAAAGCAAUCGAACAAGCUGAUCUGCUGCAGGAGGAGGAUGAGUCUCCCAGGAGUGUAUUGGAGGAGAUGGGCUUGGCAUAGUCCACAGUAAAAGUUUAUGAAGCUAAAGGCUGGAGGUGGCAGGACAGUUUGGAAUUAAAGCUGCUUUGACUGAGAGCAGCAGUUCACUCUGGGAUCUUGUGGCACUAUUUUCUCUCAGAAUGAGACUCAAUGGAUACCUGCAUUGGACCAAACCUUUGGCUAUCUGUUUGUGUGCGUGUGUCUGAUUUAUCUAAGUGUGGGAUACUGGAAAUGGGCUAUAUUUGACAUUUAUGUGCCUGGAGGAGCAGUGAGUGUUCUGAUUGUUACAGACGUGACAUGGUUUGAAGCUUUGCUGUAACUAUUGUCAUACCAAGGCAGGUUUGCAGCUUGAUAUAAAGAGCUUGUCAAAAAGCAAAGCCUGUCAAAAAGAUUCUCAACUAAAUGUGAAGGAGGACUUGGUCAGAAACUUUGGCAGUAACUCCGAAUGUUAUUUAGCUGCUCAAGCUCACAGGUUCUGGUGUCUAGAACCAGUGUUAAUCCAGGCAUAUCAAUUAAUGAAGAAUCAUAAUUCUAAAUUUUUAAAUGACCUAAAUAAUGUGGUGACUGUAAAUAUUGAGUACUCCUUCAUGCAUCAGAUUUAAAGCCAUGUUGCCAACAUCUAUGACCGUCACCCAUCGACAUUAAACGUGCACAUAAUCAUCUUAAGAUUUGUUUUUAGUUUUCUAUCUGUGUUCAAAUUGUUCUUUCAUCUAGGAUUUCUAAUUACCUCUCACAUUUAACAGCAUGUUUAUUCAGUUCUUCUAGUUGAAGAUUCAGUUUGACUGUUGCUUAUGUAACCUUACUAAAAUUAUAAAGUUAAUCAAUGACAAUGAACCUGACAUUUAAUAAUCUGUUAGCACUGCAACCAUUUUUCCUGCAACUUUGCGGUACGUUUCUGCUUCAAUUUACUUGUUUAAUAUUAGCUCAUGAGCCAAGUUCUGUUGUGCUUGGCUAUAUGGUAGUGAGAUACUUUAGCCAUUUCAUUCAGGUCACAGAAAACGGUCUCAGCUGCAGCCAAUACAUGCCACUUGCUGCAUCAAUCUCAACACCAAACCAUCUGAUGUAGUUUCCUCACAAUAUAACACUGUGUGUGUGUAUCACGUUAAAACUGCAAUAGUUUUGUUUAUUCAUUUACUUCUUUCCUAUUAUGUGGUUUGAUUAAUGGACCUGGAGAAAUCUUCCAUAUGCUGAAGUUUCAGCGUAGGCUCACCUGCAUGGUGUGUCCGGUUUGCAACAGUCUUACAACCAGGGAGGUCACUGAUCAAGAGAGAUAAGAUGUUGGUCAAAGUAGGUAAUUUUGAGGAUAUGUCAAAAUGUAAUUCUGUAACUUGGUGCGAGCAUGUUGCCUUGUUCCUCCUGAUUGGCAGCUAAAAAUGGACCAAAUUGAUGCAAGCUAUUAAAGGAAAAUAACUGGGUAAAAAGUCUUGCUUACUUUACAGUAAUCUUCCUGCAUGCAGUUGUGAGUUCUUAAGAUAUUAUCUAUAUUCCGGUGGGUCCAACUUCAAGGUUCACGAUCUACAUUUGUUUAUUUCUUUUUUGAAUAAAAGCAUUGCUGAGA